ACCAGUAAUAAUGUACCCGGCCGUCAGUCGGUGUCAAUAUCAAAGCCAAUGAGACCUAGUCUUUGACUUUGUGACUAGAAAAAUUACAAGGAAACCGUGGAAUUGUUCGCCAUCAAGACAUAAUAAGUAGUAGUUGAACAAUCGCCGUCUUGGUCGCCGUCAACAUGCGAUUUUAAAUUUAGAAUCUUGUUUUUUUCUGCUUCGUUUAAGUGAAAUGAGUUCGAAUUUCGUAAUUUGAAAAAAAAAAAGUUUUUAUUCUCUUUCGAAUCGGACUGUUGCUUUGUUGUGUUUGUCUUUAAUUAGCAAAAUGUUGGGAAAACAUCUGAGGCUGGGAUUUGCAAUCUCUCUAGUUGUUUUAGUAGUAGCGAUAUUAAUGGCUGCCUGGGGGUUCCCGAAAAUUGUUCAGACACAAAUUAAAAAGAACAUCCAGCUGGCCGACGGCUCGCUGAUGUUUGACAAGUGGAAGAAACUCCCGAUGCCGCUGUCCUUCAAGGUGUACGUGUUCAACGUGACCAACCCCGGCGCCGUGGACGCGGGAGAGCGGCCGCGCCUGCAGGAGGUGGGGCCCUUCGUCUACAAAGAGUAUCGAGAAAAAACUAUACUUGGGUACGGUGAAAACGACACGAUAAAGUAUACUUUAAAGAAAACCUUCAUAUUCGACCAAGAAGCGUCGGGCUCACUCACAGAAGAUGAUGUGCUCACUGUUCUUAACUUUUCUUACAUGGGAGCACUACUAUCAGUGUUCGAGAUAAUGCCGGGGCUCAUCCCGAUGAUCAACCAGGCGCUCGGGGUCAUGUUCGAGAACCUGACUGAUCCCUUCCUGCGCGUCAAGGCGAGGGACUUGUUCUUCGACGGAAUCUACUUGAACUGCGUGGGAGAGAGCUCCGCUCUUGGAAUCGUCUGCGGUAAGAUCCGAGCGGACGCGCCGCCCACCAUGAGGCCUUCUGAAGAUGGAAAUGGAUUCUACUUCUCUAUGUUUUCCCAUAUGAACCUGUCAGAAGCAGGUCCGUUCGAGAUGGUCCGCGGCACCGAGGACGUGUCGCAGCUGGGCCACAUCGUGUCCUACAAGGGCAAGACCAGCAUGAACACGUGGGGGGACAAGUACUGCGGCCAGCUCAACGGGAGCGACUCCUCCAUCUUCCCCCCCAUAGACAGGAGCAGAGUGCCUGAAAGACUGUACACGUUUGAGCCGGAUAUUUGUCGGUCCCUUUACGCUACUUUGGUGGGUGAGACUACCCACUUCAACAUGUCUGCUUUCUACUAUGAGAUUCACGAGUCGGCCCUGGCGGCCAAGAGCGCCAACCGCGAUAACAAGUGCUUCUGUCGCAGAAACUGGAGCGCGAACCACGACGGCUGCCUGCUGAUGGGUCUGCUGAACCUGAUGCCGUGCCAGGGCGCGCCCGUCAUCGCGUCGCUGCCACACUUCUACCUCGCCUCGGAGGAGCUGCUGGAGUUCUUCGACGGAGGGGUGAAGCCCGACAAGGAGAAGCACAACACUUACGUGUACCUCGAUCCGGUAACAGGAGUGAUAUUGGAAGGCGUUCGUCGCCUUCAGUUUAACUUGGAACUUCGGAAUAUGAAAGGGGUUCCGCAGUUAGAGAACGUUCCAACUGGGCUGUUUCCAUUACUUUGGAUUGAAGAGGGUGCCAUCCUGCCGCAAUCCGUGAUCGACGAGCUGCAGCACUCGCACACGCUGCUCUCGUACGUGGAGGCGGUGCGGUGGAUCGUCCUCGGGAUCGCCAUCCUCGCCUUCCUCGGGCUCGCCAUCGCCGUCAUCAGGACCGGCAACAUCCCCAUCUUCCCCAAACAGGCUAAUUCCGUCAGCUUUAUCUUGCGGCCUGGCAGCUUCAAUCCCACCGACGCCCAUAAGGCGCAGUAGAAUAAAAUAAGGUUUUAUUUAAGAAAACAAAUUUGAGAUAUACAUUGGUACAUCCAAAAAACCAAAUGUAGAUAGAUAUGGUUUGUCUGUAAGUAAGGAGUCUCACUUAAUAUGUAGUUGUUUUUCAGUGUUGACGCAAUCCCUAAAAAACAGAUAGCAUAGAACUCAGAUAGCAUUCAGAUAUCAGAAAUGUGAUUCCCGUGUAGUAAAGACAACUGUAACGAAAAUGACAUAAAAUACUAUUUCCCACGGAAAGUAGGUACCUAUAACAAAAAAUAUUUAACACGAUAUUCAUGCCAUUUAUUUUAUAGCAAGUGUUUUUAUACUUGUAUCAGUAUCAGUAUUAUUGUUUAAAUAUUGUUAAAGCUUAAUAGAAAAAUUUGAGUGAUGGUAUUAGUUCUAUUUAAAAGUGUUAUACAUAUAACGUUCCAGGAAAAAUCUUGUAAGUCCUCAUACUUAGGAGACUUUUCUGAGAAAUGGAAAAUGAGAAGUUGGCUUUUUUUCACAUUGUGAGAAUAAUAUUGACGUUAUGUUUUUAGAUUGUUUCGAAAUAUAAUUUAUUUUUAACAUAGAGAUACGUUACAACUUACAAUAAAUAAAAACUGUCAUGAAUGUGUUGUACCCUUGUAUCCCCUAAAGUAUAGCUUGAUCUCUAUGUUAUUAUAACAGGGAACUAUUUGACGAAGCCUAACUACCAAUUUUUUUACCAUAUGUACCUACGCAGUACCUGCAUAAAAAAAUACAGGGCCCUUGUUAUAGGUGUGAGAAAAUUGUGUGAAAUUAGUAAUAUUGUUGUUGUAUUAGAUGGUUUUGAUGUAUCAUUUUAUUUGUGAAUUUAUUGUUUGUAACGGUCAAAAAUAAAAUAAGAUGUAUACUAUUAAUAUAUUUAAGUACCUCAGAACUAAACGAAAUGAAAUCAAUGUAGGUAACAUGUUUAAAUAAAUUCCAUACAACCACAACAUAUUUUAUAUCCCCUCCAUAUAGGACAAGUAUAGUGCAUACUGGUAUGUUUUCACGAAAGCUCAAGAUUUAAUGUUAUUAACCCCUGAUAAUCAAACCUUUAAUAUCAAAUACAUAUAUUAAAAACUAAUUUCUAAACAUAAAAAGGUUAAUAUAAACUCGAAGUCAGUUUCGUGGAAAAAAAUGUGAAAUAGACAUUGAUAUUAAAGUUUUAUUAUCCUUUACGUAUCAAAAUGUCUUCGCAGCAGCAGCGGUUCAGCUGGUGAUUGAAGGUUUAUGAAAAUUCAUCUUUAGCUUAUCGAUAAAAUUAUUAUUAAAAUA